CAAACCCCAAGAGCCCCAGGGAUGCAAGCUCCGCGGUAAGCCAGCCUCGGGUCCUUUUGGAGAGCGACGGGUGUCGCCAAUGUCACCGGACUCCAACUAAUCUACACGGCCCCUCUCACAUUCCUCGGGAUCGCGUCCACACGGGCGCGCGCUCGGCCUCAAAACGGUAACUUCAAGAAUCCCGACCCAGAAAGAUCUCGGGGCUCAGGAACCCGAGAGCGCGGCCCGCGAAGCCUAGAGGCGGAGACCCGCCCCGCGGGCCCGACUUCCUGCCUCCGCAUUGGCCCGCGCGCCCGUCAGUCUCCGCCUGUGGGGCGGGGCUGGCGUCUCUCCUCGCUCCCUCUCCUCCGGGAUCCCUCCUCACUACGCUGCUUUGCUGGCUUCCUCCGCCGGUGACUGGCCACUCGUGCUACUAGGACCCUGAGCUCUCGCUGGCUCCGGGGAGCUCGGAGAAGGGGAGCGCUGCGCCCGGCAGGAGCUGAUCAUCGCGUGGGUGGGCGGCAGGCCCGCGGCCUCUCUGCCAGCAGUGCCACCUGUCGCGGGCUGAGACGUCGGGUGAGAGAAGAUGCUGUCCCGGUUGAGAAGAGUUGCCACUCCUUGUUCUCUGGCAUGCCGUUAUUUGCACAGAAAAGAGAAAGGCAAGCCACUUAUGUUGAACCCAAGAACAAACAAGGGAAUGGCGUUUACAUUACAGGAAAGACAAAUGCUUGGUCUUCAAGGACUUCUACCUCCCAAAAUAGAGACACAAGAUAUUCAAGCCUUACGAUUCCAUAAAAACGUGAAAAAAUUGAGUUGCCCUUUGGAAAAAUACAUCUACAUAAUGGGAAUCCAAGAAAGAAAUGAGAAAUUGUUUUAUAGAGUACUGCAAGACGAUAUUGAAAAUCUGAUGCCAAUUGUGUAUACACCAACAGUUGGUCUUGCCUGCUCCCAGUAUGGACACAUCUUUAGAAGGCCUAAGGGAUUAUUUAUUUCGAUCUCAGACAGAGGUCAUGUUAGAUCAAUUGUGGAUAACUGGCCAGAAAAUCAUGUUAAGGCUGUUGUGGUGACUGAUGGAGAGAGAAUUCUGGGUCUUGGCGAUCUGGGUGUCUAUGGAAUGGGAAUUCCAGUAGGAAAACUUUGUUUGUAUACAGCUUGUGCAGGAAUACGGCCUGAUAGGUGCCUGCCUGUGUGUAUUGACGUAGGAACUGAUAAUCCAGCACUCUUAAAGGACCCAUUUUACAUGGGCUUAUAUCAGAAAAGAGAUCGAUCACAACGUUACGACGACCUGAUUGAUGAGUUUAUGAAAGCCAUUACAGACAGAUAUGGACGGAACACACUUAUUCAGUUUGAAGACUUUGGAAAUCAUAAUGCAUUCAGGUUCUUGAGAAAAUACCGAGAAAAAUAUUGUACAUUCAAUGAUGAUAUUCAAGGGACUGCUGCAGUAGCUCUAGCAGGACUUCUUGCAGCAGAAAAAGUUAUCGGCAAAUCCAUCUCAGAACACAAAAUCUUAUUUCUUGGAGCAGGAGAGGCUGCUCUUGGAAUUGCAAAUCUUAUAGUUAUGGCUAUGGUAGAAAAUGGCCUCUCAGAAGAAGAGGCACAAAAGAAAAUUUGGAUGGUUGACAAGUUUGGUUUAUUAUUUAAGGGGCGGAAAGAUAAAAUAGACAGUCAUCAGGAACCAUUUGCUCACUCAGCUCCAGGGAAUAUACCUGAUACUUUUGAAGAUGCAGUAAAUAUCCUUAAGCCUUCAGCUAUAAUUGGAGUUGCAGGAGCUGGCCCACUUUUUACUGCGAAUGUAAUCAAAGCCAUGGCUGAUAUCAAUGAAAGGCCUAUAAUAUUUGCAUUAAGUAAUCCUACAGCAAAGGCCGAGUGCACUCCUGAAGAAGCGUAUACGCUUACAGAGGGAAGGUGUUUGUUUGCCAGUGGCAGUCCAUUUGGGCCAGUGACACUCAGCAAUGGGAAAGUGUUUACGCCAGGUCAAGGAAACAACGUAUAUAUUUUUCCAGGCGUGGCUUUAGCUGUUAUUCUUUGUAACACUCGGCAUAUCAGUGACCAUGUUUUCCUAGAAGCUGCAAAGGCACUGACAAAUCAAUUGACAGAUAAAGAGCUGGCUCAAGGGAGACUUUACCCACCUCUUGCUAAUAUUCAGGAAGUUUCUAUUAACAUUGCUAUUAAAGUUACAGAAUACCUAUAUGCUAAUAAAAUGGCUUUCCGAUACCCAGAACCUGAGGACAAGGCCAAGUAUGUGCGAGAACGAUUGUGGCGAAGUGAGUACGACUCCUUGCUGCCAGAUGUGUAUGACUGGCCAGAGACUGGAGCAAGCCCUCCUCUAAUACCGGAGUAGAAGCAUCCUCUGAUAAAUACUUUCCAUGCUUCAGGGAACCGUUUUCUCAGACAAAAAGAUAGUAUCCUCAUAUUUAUGGGGGUUUUUCCUGUGUGUCAUCCUCCCCUACCGCUUUGCUUGACCUCUUUUUCCCCAUGAAUCUACACUUCUGUAGAAGAUAGAUGUGUUGACGGCAUUGUUAAUGCCCACGCUGCCAUCAGAUAACCGAAAUGCUUUCAUUCUGAUUUGUAGCUCAUCCAUAUCAAAGAGAUGUUAAAAAUGUAUUUGUACACGUCUUCACUCGUGCUCUUGCUCACGCUUGCCAAAGUAUUUGCUGUUUACUAUGACAGGUAAUAAACUUUUCUCACCCAGCUCUUAUAGGGUUACUAAAAUAGAAACUUACUUCUGUGGCGAUGAGCACAAAUGUUGAGAAAAAGUCAAAUUUAACCAAACUCCAGGGACAAAUUGUCAGUAUCUAAAAAUGUUCUUUUAUUUCUUCCUCAUGCUCUGAAAUUCCUUGCCAGUAGAUAAAACAAGAGAAAUAUGAAAAAUCUACCCUAUUAUUUAUUUCCCGGAACUAAAUUGAGACUUACUAUAACAUGGUGAGCGAGAAAUGGGAACUGCUGCUGCCUUUAGACAAAUAAACAAAAUAGUCAUUGUUUUCAACAGUGUAUAAAAAUCAUGUAACUUUUUUAUUUAAUAAAGGUAAUAUCUUAAAUUUAAUUGCUUCAAUUAUGCUAUUUUAUUGCCCAACUAGAAAGUUAGGUUUGCUUAUCAUGAAAAACACAUAUUUUUUUAAAUUUCUAGUUGAUUCUAAGGAGGCGGUAUAGGAUACUUAAUGCAUAAAUUAUGACUGACAUCAUAUGACUUUUAACAAAUUAGUCAUAUGUUUCACAUCUAAAUGAGUUAUAUUUAACUGAAGAGGUUAUACCCCUAUUCCAAUAGUGAUGCUCUUUAUUAUUUGAGAUAAUUUUGGAAUGUUCCUUUUGAGUCAUUUUUUUCAAUAUCAUUAGUGACAACUCUUUCUCCAUUGAAGAUGGAUUUAAGUUUUUGAAGCCACCAAAAUUAAUUUAGAGCUAAGUGGGGAUGAAUAAGGUAGGUGUUCAGACCAUGUUUAAUGGUCCAUUUUUGUGCCAUUUUUAAUCCCAGUAAAAUGGGUAAUAAUUGGCUAGUGAGACCAGUAAAAUGGGUAAUAAUUUUAUGUGGAUUACAUAUUGGAGAGUUCUAAAGGAAAAGCCAAAAUCAUUUUGAAAAAUAGUAGUGUGUAUGUGCCUAACAUGGUUGCUUUGAGGGAACAGAACUUUUAAAUGCUCAUUCUAAUCAGCAGUUCUCAACCUGUGGGUCGUGACCCCUUUGGGAGUCGAACGACCCUUUCACAGGGGUCGCCGGGUACUCG